ACCUUCACCUUAAUCAACACCAUUCCAAUUAGAUAGUUUCUUAAAUUCUUCAUCUUCUUCUUAGACUUGUCUCAACAUUAAUAAUGGGGUGUUAUGUUACAAUAGUCACUGUAUUAUUAUUUUUAGUCUUGAAUUUAGUUGAAGGUGCACCACAAGUACCUUGUUAUUUCAUUUUUGGGGACUCAUUACUUGAUAAUGGCAACAACAACGAUCUUGAAACAGCAGCAAGGGCUAAUUAUCAACCUUAUGGAGUUGAUUUCCCAGAUGGUCCGACUGGUCGGUUUACCAAUGGCAAGAAUAUGGCUGACUUCCUAGCUGAACAUCUUGGUUUUGAUCACUAUAUGCCACCCUUUGCAAAUGCAACGGGUGAUGAGAUAUUGCAAGGUGUGAAUUAUGCAUCUGGUUCAGCUGGAAUUCGCAACGAUACGGGAAGUCAUCUUGGGUAUCGGAUUUAUUUGGGCAAACAAUUGGAGAAUCAUAAAGUGACAAUUUCUCGUAUUGCUGACUUAUUGGGGAGUACAACAUCAGCCAAAAAUCACAUGAAUAAGUGCCUUUUCAUUGUUGGAAUAGGCAGCAAUGACUAUAUCAAUAAUUUUCUAAUGCCAGAAGUAUACCCUUCAAGUAAUUUGUACUCACCAAGUCAGUAUGCAACUAUCUUGAUUCAACAGUACUCCCAACAAUUAAAGGAGUUGUAUGAAGAUGGAGCUAGGAAAAUAACCCUUUUUGGACUGCCCCAAAUAGGUUGCAUUCCUGAUCAAUUGAAAAGACACGACACACUUUUUUGUGUGGAUUCAACAAAUCAAGCAGUUCAGCUAUUCAACAACAAGUUAAAAGCACUUGUUGAUGAUCUCAAUACCAAUUUACCAGAUGCAAAAUUCAUAUACAUAAACAUGUAUAGCAUCUCAUCCGCGAUAGCUCUAACUCUUUUGAAUAGACCAUGCUGCAAAGUUUCUGAUACUAUGCCUGAAGGACAAUGCAUACCAGGAAAAUCUCCAUGCCUCAUUAGGGCAACACGAUUCUUUUAUGAUAAUUUUCAUCCUACUGAAACUGGCAAUUUCAUUGCUUCAAAUAGAGCUUACAGAGCUCUUUUACCCUCUGAUUCUUAUCCUAUGGAUAUUCGUCACUUGGUCAGGGCCAGCAAUUUGUACUAUGAUGAUCAGUAAGUUUCAACGUGUUUCAUGAUUAUUUUCAUGUAAUAAUCCUGUAGGAUGUAGGCUCUAAAAUAAGGUUUUAAAUCGAGUGGCUGUAUUUUUAUUUUUUUUUUGGAUUCGAAUAAAAGUGGGGUUAUGAUGUUAGUUCCAGGACGUUGGUCCUUGUGGAAUUAUAUAUAUUGGGCAUUUAGUCUUA